AUGAAGAUUGCACACUUACUCAAUUUCUCGAGCGGCUUGUAUUAUCCAAUCAAGGAGGAUAUUGUGUUCGUCAUACCAGAGCCUUAUGCCACCACCUACAAUCAAAAUGAGGAUGUCCACGAAAGGUUCUUUAAUGUUCUCAAGGGACCAUAUCCUGCCAUUCCCCUCCAGUUCGAGCCAGGAACAGACUUUACCUAUGGUUGGAGCUCUGACAUCUUGGAUUUCAUUGUCGAGAAACUUUCUGGUAAGACGCUGGAAGUUUACUGCCAAGAAAAUAUGUCUGGCCCUCUCGGGCUAACAACCUCGUUUUAUUUAACUCCUGAGAUCAAGGAGAAGCUCAUCCCACUGACGUAUGGCAACCAACAGACUGGCAGCUUCGAGCCGUGGGCAGAGCAGAUGAAGUUGAUUCAGAUGGAUCCUGGCAAAGCAUAG